AUGUUCGCUCCACCAGGCUCCCCAGAUGUCUUGACCCUAGCAACGUUUGCCUACCAAGUCUAUGACACCUACAAAGGUGCUCCGAAGAGAUUCAAGGAUCUCGCAGGUGACAUCAAAGGACUUGAAAUCCUCCUCCGGAGACUUGGUAACAGACUUGCUCUUCAACAGGGUGAUGUUACCGACGAAAAUUCCCGAGGAUCUUUAUUAUCGUCUGAUGAAGCGGCGGGCCUGGAGCAGCUUGUCAAACAAGCUGGAAAUAUGUUAGAGGAAUUGCAGCAAAAACAAGGAUAUGCAUCAGCGCCAAGAGGAUUGAAUCGGUUUAGGUGGUCACAGGGGGAAGUAGACUCUGUGAGGUCAAGAAUCACAUCUCUUUGUGCAAUCAUUGGAGCAUUUAAUAGUGGCUUGGUCCUUCCUAAUAUUGCAUCGAGGGAUCCAGUAGUCGACAAACAACAAGAGAUCCUGGAUAAGUUGGAUAACUUCCUCCUAGGUCUCCACCGAGAUGACCUGUCAUCCACUAUCUCCGUGACCAGUUCCAACACCCCGACUGUUCCCAAAAUCGAAGAGGAGGUGACUCCGGAGUGGCCCAAGCUAGUCCGUCGGAUGACCGAGUAUGGUAUAUCCGAAGCAGAAGCAGAGAAGAAUCAGGAUCUCAUUAUGAAAUGGUCAGCUCGUGCAUACGAGAGCGCGGCUUCAUCUCCUCUCAAACAGUCACCAAACGCAAACGCUCUUGUGGGGAGUGUAAGUGCGGACUUGGGUUUAGGAGGGCACACGGAAGAGAUUGAAGUCAUCUCAGCCGUAUACGGACCCAAAAUUGUCACAGAUAUUGUCAGGCACAUUAUCCAUGUGCACGCAGGUCUAAAGAUGACCAAAGUGGUUUUCUCGGUUACGAACGACACAUUUGGUGGAGAUCCUUGGCUGAACAACAUUAAGGCAUUCUCCAUGGUUUGGCGCAAAGUGAUUCGACUCGAUUACGGAAACCUCUAUUCGGCCCCUCAGAAACUCUUCGCCGAGGAAGAUGAACUGCUUACCCUUGAUCUCUCCAUUCCACUCCCUUGUCAUGAGAGCCCGGAGACAAAUGAACGGGGUUCGAUCUAUAUCUUGAACGCUAGCUGGCAUAAUGUCGACGUUACGGACCAUGUUGCAUUAAUCACGGCGGACGAUCCUCGACCGAACAUCACGGCAUCGAAUCAUGAGUUCUUCGCAACAGAUCCGUGCUAUGGACACAAGAAAGUCAUGUCGGUGACGUGGGCAUACUCGAACACCGCAGCGGCACUAUCACAUUGUGAGGCGAAGACUGUCAUUGAGGAUUCUUCGGCCCAAAUCCCGCCAUUCCUUGAUAUUAUUUGUGCGAACUGGGGCGGAUUGGACAUUACGAAUCUUGUUCGAGCGAAAAUCACGUCUCAGCAGACAUUACACUUCGAUACGAGGAAUGUCUGUGCCUUUGCAUCCCCCGAUCCGCUACCUGGAUGGCAGAAAACAAUUUCCAUUCUGUAUCGCUACGGGUCUGUGGAGCCAAUGCAACUACUCGUCACCGGUGAAGACUCCGGCGACGCUAUGAUUGAGCCGGGGGAUCGGAUGAGAAGGAACUUUUUCUUUUCAAAUUUUAUAGAAAUCACAUCAGAUAUCAAAGUGAUGGCCGCUGUGUGGGGAUUACAACCUGUUUCUGAGAAAGGAUUUGGCAGGGCUGUGAGGGAAGGGAAAGAGGUACCUUGUAAUAAUGACUUUUUUGGGAGGGAUGGAUGGGGUGGGAGACGAAAGACCCUCCAGGUUUUCUUGCAGAAUGGACAUACCGGGGAGUGUGUUUGUGUCAGCGCGAAGGAAGGAAAUAUCCUUGGGAUGCCAACGGUAUGGCCGGAAUAUUAG